UCUGUCAUUUUUGCUAUCCCCGUUCUUCUCCCACUAACCCGAGCAGCCAACCCUCUCCCUUCCUCGGUUCCCGGCGCCAUCACCCACCUCGAAAACUGUAUUAAUUACCUCGAAAUCUAUUCUGUCCGUAUCACCCACCUCUUCCUCUCCAAAAAAGAAAGACAUAUUUUUCUUUCUCUCUCUAACAAUCCAUUAAAGCAGAUGAGUCUCGUAACUGAUUCCCCAGUACACUCGUCUAGCAGCGAUGACUUUGCCGCAUUGCUUGAUGCUGAGCUGGAAGUCGGUUCUUCUGGUUCAUCACCAGACGAAGAAGAUGUAGAAGCUGAUGGUGAUAAUAAUAAUGAUAAUAAUGAUGAUGAUGAUGAUGAUGAUGAUGACCUUGAUAGUCAAAGGAACAAAAGGUGCAAGACUGAGAAGUUGGAAGACCUUGAAGAAUCUCAGGGAUCAACCUCUCAGGGUUUGAUAGAGGACAAGAUAGUUAUACAUGCAGAACUGUCCUUGAAGAAGGAUAUAUGUACACAUCCAGGUUCUUUCGGACAAAUGUGCAUCCUUUGUGGGCAAAGGUUGGAUGAUGAAUCUGGUGUAACAUUUGGGUAUAUACAUAAGGGUUUAAGGCUUGGUAACGAUGAAAUUGUUCGAUUACGCAGCACAGACAUGAAAAAUUUGUUACGUCAUAAGAAGCUUUAUUUAGUCCUUGAUUUAGAUCACACACUGCUUAAUUCUACUCAGCUCAUGCACCUAACACCUGAUGAAGAAUAUUUGAAGGGUCAAUCUGAUUCCCUUCAAGAUGUUUCAAGAGGCAGCCUCUUCAUGUUGGACUUUAUGCAUAUGAUGACCAAAUUGAGGCCCUUUGUCCGUACAUUUCUCAAAGAAGCAAGUGAAAUGUUUGAGAUGUAUAUUUACACAAUGGGUGAUAGACCCUAUGCAUUAGAAAUGGCUAAACUGCUUGACCCCAGAAGAGAGUACUUCAGUGAUAGAGUGAUUUCAAGAGAUGAUGGCACCCAGAAACACCAAAAGGGUCUUGAUGUAGUACUAGGGCAAGAGAGUGCUGUUGUGAUCCUUGAUGAUACAGAAAAUGCAUGGAUGAAGCACAAAGACAAUUUGAUACUGAUGGAAAGAUAUCAUUACUUUGCUUCAAGUUGUCAUCAAUUUGGCUACAAAUGCAAGUCACUUUCUCAGUUGAAGAGUGACGAAAGUGAGCCUGAUGGAGCACUUGCUUCGGUUCUUAAAGCACUUAGGCAAAUCCACCACAUGUUCUUUGAUGAACUUGAUUGCAAUCUUGCUAGCAGAGACGUCAGGCAGGUGUUGAAAACAGUUCGGGAGGAAGUGCUCAAAGGGUGUAAAAUUGUUUUCAGCCAUGUUUUCCCGACAAAUUUCCCAGCAGAGAGUCAUCCUCUGUGGAAGAUGGCAGAGCAGUUAGGAGCUACUUGCUCAACAGAAACUGACCUUUCAGUUACACAUGUUGUUUCAACAGAUGCUGGGACAGAAAAGUCUCGCUGGGCAGUGAAGGAGAAGAAGUUUUUGGUCCAUCCACGGUGGAUAGAAGCUACAAAUUAUUUGUGGCAGAAGCAGCCUGAAGAGAACUUUCCCGUUAGCCAAGGAAAGAAUCAAUGAUCCGUUUUUUAAGUAGGCAUUAAGCCCUCCAUAUCGGCUGAUGUUUUAGAGGAGUUGCUUCCACAGUUUGGUAGUUUGAGUUGGUUCUUUGAUUACCUCACUAAAUCAGCACUUGGAAGUAUUUAGGUUGUCGUUUAACUGAUAGCAGAAAUUUUCUAGGGCACCAGAAUUUGUAAAUGUGAGACUUAACUACGUCAGCACUUAAAAAGCGUGGGCGAUGUCAUUGGAAUCGGUAGCAAAAAUUUAUCUAGGGUGCCAAAAUCUAUUACAUGGUAUAAGGAAGGCCCAAAGGGGCUUCCUGAUUUAGCCACGUGGAGGCCGUAAAAAAAAAGGAAAAAAUGUAUUGAAGAGAAAAAGAGCUGCAAUGAGGCUCAUGUGCAAUGCACGGGUCAUAGUCUAGUUUUGUAAAUAUGACACUGGUGCUCUCGUUCUCUUAGUGGUUCACCAUGUCGAUGGACAGAAGGAACGAAAGUCUCGAAUCUAAGGCCAAGUUAGUUUCUUUUAUAUAAUGAAAAGUGGAUGGCUGGUUCCUGUUGUGAGUGUUGAUGUGGUGAGGCUUGAGUCAGGGGAUGGACACGUUGCUACUGGCGUGCAGUGCAGCUGAUUCCUCAGCUUAUGGCGGGUUUUUAGUUCUCCAGAUUUCUCGGCGGGAUAUGAUUUUAGCGGAUUUUUACUUGUAUUAAAUUGUUAAUGGCUUAUGCUAACCUUUAAAAUAGUCUAACAGAAAUCACUAGUUGUACUUGUAAAGCUUUACAUUCGAAUUCUUUUACUUGCC